GGAAAAAACAAGGGGCAAAUUAAUUUAUUUUCCACUAAUUUUAGCAAAUUCCCAAUUUCCACUUUCCCUGUCCCCACAAAGCUCCUCCUCCACUUCCACUGACAACAACCACCUCUCUCCCCGCCCCCUGCUCAGCCUCUUCCUCCAACCAUCCUCCGCUGCACGGCGUUUCUUCUCCCGCCGUUAGCUCCGUCGUGAUCCUGCCGUUAGAGGUUCCAUGUUUUAAAACCAUGAAUGCUAAAACAAAAAGGAGAACUGUAGUAGAAAAUGGUGAUACCGGGACUGGUGAGGACUUGGUCCUUGCUACAUUGAUAGGGAAUGGGGAGGAUUUGAGUCCUCUUGUCCGGCAUGCCUUUGAAACGGGGCGUCCUGAGCCACUUCUUCAGCAGCUGAGGCAUGUGUCGAAGAAAAAGGAAGCGGAGAUUGAAGAGUUAUGCAGACUUCACUAUGAGGAAUUCAUUAUUGCUGUAGAUGAGCUUCGUGGAGUGCUUGUUGAUGCCGAGGAGCUGAAAGCUGAGCUCCAAACUGAUAACUUUAAAUUGCAAGAGGUUGGGACUUCUCUCUUGUCUAAACUUGAUGAGCUUCUGGAUUCAUAUUCAAUAAAGAAGAAUAUAAGUGAAGCAAUUAAGAUGUCUAAGAUGUGCUUUCAAUUAUUGGAGCUUUGUUCAAAGUGUAAUUCCCAUGUGUCUGAGGGAAAAUUUUAUCCUGCACUGAAGACUAUCGAUUUGAUUGAGAAGGAUUACCUGAAAAAUAUUCCUGUCAGAAAGCUGGGAGUGGUAGUGGAACACAAAAUUCCAGCCAUAAAGUUGCAUAUUGAGAAAAAAGUUUGCAGUGAAGUUAAUGAAUGGCUAGUUCAUAUCAGGACCUUGGCCAAGGAUAUUGGACAGACAGCAAUAGCUCACACUUCAUCAGUGCGUCAGAAAGAUGAAGAAACAAAGGCUCGGCAGAGAGAAAUUGAAGAAAAUAAUCGUUCGCAGCUACCUGAGUUUGCAUACAGUUUAGAUGUUGAAGAGGUAGAUGAGGAUUUGAGUUUGAAAAUUGAUCUUACUCCUAUUUACAGGGCAUAUCAUAUCCACAAAUGCCUUGCUGUCGGGGAACGGUUUCGGGAAUACUACUAUAAUAAUCGGUUGGCGCAACUCAAUUCAGACUUGCAGAUCUUUUCAUCGCAGCCAUUUCUUGAAUCUCAUCAAACCUUUUUGGGCCAGGUUGCUGGCUAUUUUAUAGUGGAAGACCGUGUUCUCAGGACUGCGGGAGGUUUACUGGAAGAAAGUCAGGUUGAGACAAUGUGGGAAACUGCUGUUUCUAAGAUCAUUUCUGUGGUUGGGGGGCAAUUUUCCCAGAUGAAUAAUGCAGCACAUUUCCUUCUUAUCAAAGAUUAUAUGACACUUUUUGGUACGACAUUGAGACAUCAUGGAUAUGAAGUGAAUUCCCUCCUUGAGACUAUUAAUGGCACCAAAGAUAAGUAUAGCAAGCUUCUUAUGGAAGAGUGCCGCAAACAGCUUUCUGAUAUAGUUGCUAAUGAUAGCUUUGAUCAAAUGUUGUUGAAAAAAGAAUCUGACUACCAGGCAAAUGUACUCUCUUUUCAACUGCAGACAUCAGACAUUAUGCCCGCCUUCCCAUAUGUUGCACCUUUCUCUUCCAUGGUACCAGAAGCUUGCCGUGUUGUCAGAUCAUUCAUAAAGGACUUUGUAGAUUACUUAUCUUCUGGUGGGGAUGCCAAUCUUUAUGAUGCUGUGAGGAAGUGCCUUGAUACUUUAUUGAUCGACGUACUUAAUGAAGUCAUACUUGAUAAAAUUAAUGACACCUCCAUUGGCGUAUCAAAAGCAAUGCAGAUUGCUGCAAAUGUGGCUUUCCUUGAAAAAGCCUGUGAUUUUUUCGUGAAAACUGCAUCACAUCUUUGUGGAGUUCCCACACGUUCAGUUGACCAUCCUCAAUCUACUCUAACAGCUAAGGUGGUUCUAAAAACAUCAAGAGAUGCUGCAUAUAUGGCUCUGCUGAGUUUGGUUAACACACAGCUGGAUGAGUUUAUGUCACUCCCUGAAAAUAUCAAUUGGAUACCAGAUGAUGUACCUGAAAAUGGACAUGAGUACAUGAAUGAGGUGAUGAUUUAUCUUGAUACUCUCUUGUCAACUGCCCAGCAAAUUCUACCAACGGAUGCCUUAUACAAGGUUGGAAGUGGCGCUCUUGAGCAUAUUUCCAAUUCUAUCACAAGUGCAUUUCUUAGUGAUAGUGUCAAAAGGUUCAAUGCUAAUGCGGUUGAGGCCAUUAACAAUGAUCUGGAGAUUUUAGAGCACUUUGCUGAUCAGCGGUUUGAAAGCACUGGUUUGAGUGAAGAUUACAAGGAUGGUCAUUUUAGAUAUUACCUGAUAGAAGUUCGCCAAUUGAUAAACCUUCUAAGGAGCAAUACAGCAGAAAGCUUCAUGAACCCUGUUAUCCGGCAGAAGAAUUACCAUACCUUGGAAAUUAAGAAGAUUGCUGUUAUCUGUGACAAGUUCAAGGACUCCGCGGAUAGUCUGUUUGGAAGUCUUUCAAAUCGGAAUGCAAAAACUAGUGCUCGGAAAAAAUCUAUGGAUAUUUUGAAAAGAAGAAUGCGGGACUUCAGCUAGGUCAGCUGGCAGCUGGCAGCCUCUUAUUAUGUGAGCCAGAAAGAAUUUGUGAUUUUUCUUUAGUUACGCAACUAGAUUUACCCCUUAUGUAGCUCGGUUAUAUAUUACCCUUUUCGCUGCGGUAUCCUCUAUGUUCUCUGUUCAAUUUCAUUUCUAUUAACAAAUUAAUUGACCGAUUUCUCAUAA